UUUUCAUUUUCCCCCAUUUCCCAUUUCGUCUUUACCCCCCAAAAUUUUCGCCGACCACCGUUUCCGCCUCCCCCACCGUACGGCCUUCCCCUUUCUGCCGACGAAGCUCCGGCCACCUAGACCCGAGCGACCGCCACCCAUCAGAGCACCGGCUUCAUUUCUCUUUUCUGUCGACGGAGCACCGGCUUGCGAACCCAUUUCCCUUUUCGGUCGACGGAGCGCCGGCCGCCAAGACCCACCGACCGCCACCCAUCGGAGCAUCCCCCCUCUCUCUCGCCGUUUUCCUGUUAGUGAGGUAGAAUUUCGGUCCAAACUCUAUGUGCCACCCAUUGCUCACAUGUGAAAGAAUGACAUAAUUGAUUCCCUAAACAAAAAGCUCCCACAAUCUUUGAGUUUUGUCAAAGGUGUUGUAGACUUAAAGGACCUUCCAUUCAAUGUCUCACAUGAAAUUAUUCGAGAGAGUCUUAUUGUACAUAUGAGGAAGCCCUUCAAAACCUCAUCUUCCUUUCACUUCCAAACCCUCCUUUCUCAACUGGGUUCCCCCCAUUUUCCCAAAUUCUCUUCCAAACCUAACUUUUUACCCGCUCCCUUGGAAGACCCUCCCCCAAACUUGGUCUCCAAAAUUUGUAACAUCCUCUAUGAUCCCCGAUGGGAAACGAACCCACAGCUAAAUUCCUUAAGCCCCAGACUCAAACCCCACCAUGUAUCCGAGAUCCUUCAAAUCCAUAACAACACAAACUCAGCCUUACGCUUCUUCUACUGGGUCUCAAAGCGGCAUUUCUACAAGCAUGAUAUGAGCUGCUUUAUAACACUGCUGAAUAGGCUAGUGCGUGAUUGCCAAUUUGCACAUGCGGACCACGUGAGGAUCCUUAUGAUCAAAGCUUGUCAAAACGAGGACGAGCUCAAGCAAGCUAUGUCGUAUUUCAGUGAGAUAAGUGGAUCUGGUUUUGGAUUUACUUUGUAUAGCUUUAAUACACUUUUAAUUCAAUUGGGAAAGUUUGAUAUGAUUGGUGUCGCACAAGAUGUUUAUACUAAAAUAUUGAGUAGUGGGAUUAGGCCAAGUUUGUUGACAUUCAAUACUAUGAUUAAUUUGUUAUGUAAGAAGGGUAAGGUGCAAGAGGCGGAGUUAAUUUUGAGUAAGAUUUUUCAGUUUGAUUUGUGCCCCGAUGUUUUUACAUAUACGUCUUUGAUUCUUGGGCAUUGUAGGAAUGGUAAUUUGAAGCUAGCGUCUAGGGUUUUCGAUAGGAUGGUGAAGGAGGGGUGUGACCCAAAUUCUGUUACGUACUCGACUCUUAUUAAUGGGUUAUGCAGUGAUGGGAGGCUGGAAGAGGCAUUAGACAUGAUCAAAGAAAUGAUUGAGAAAGGGAUUGAGCCGACUGUGUAUACUUAUACAGUUCCAAUUACGUCAUUAUGUGAGGCUAGGCGUGUGAAUGAGGCAAUUGAGCUUGUGGGUAGCAUGAGGAAGAGGGGUUGUAAACCAAAUGUUCAGACGUAUACAGCAUUGAUCAGCGGGUUGUCUCGAGCUGGGAAACUUGAGGUUGCAAUUGGGCUAUACCAUAAGAUGUUGAAAAAUGGUAUGUUUCCAAGCACAGUAACAUAUAAUGCUUUGAUUAAUGAAUUGUGUGUUGGAGGAAGAUUUGGUGUUGCUUUGAAGAUUUUUUAUUGGAUGGAUGGUCAUAGUAUAUUGAAUGUGCAAACAUACAAUGAAAUUAUUAAGGGAUUUUGCCUCAUGGGUAAUGUUAAGAAGGCAAUGGUUCUUUUCAACAAAAUGCUUAAAGUUGGUCCCUUUCCAACUGUGGUUACGUAUAACACACUCAUCAAUGAGUACCUGAAAUUGGGAAACCUUAACAAUGCUUUGAGAUUAUUGGAUAUGAUGAAGGAGAGUGGGUGUGAACCAGAUGAGUGGACUUAUAGCAAACUUAUUUCGGGGUUUUGCAAGGGGGGCAAGUUGGAUUUUGCAUCUACUUUUUUCCAUGAAAUGGUGGAAAGAGGUAUUAGUCCAAAUCAGGUCAGCUACACUGCUAUGAUCGAUGGAUACUCUGCAGAGGGUAAGUUGGAUGUUGCCUUGUCAUUAUUUGGGAAGAUGGAGGAAAGUGAUUGCUAUCCAAGUAUUGAAACCUACAAUGCCAUUAUAAGUGGGUUGUCUAAAGAUAAUCGCGUUUUUGAGGCUGAGAAGAUAUGUAACAAGAUGGCAGAGCAAGGAUUGUUGCCAAAUGUCAUUACCUACACAUCUUUGAUCGAUGGGCUCUGCAGAAAUGGUGGGACUAAUCUUGCAUUCAAGAUCUUCCAUGUAAUGGAAGAAAGAAAUUGCUCACCAAAUUUGUAUACAUAUAGUUCACUCAUUUAUGGGUUAUGUAUAGAGGGUAAAGUUGAUGAUGCGGAGAGGUUACUAGAAGAAAUGGAAAGGAAAGGAAUAGUUCCUGAUGAGGUGACAUUUACAUCACUCAUUGAUGGUUAUGUUUUGCAUGGUAAUCUAGAUCAUGCAUUCUUACUUUUUAGGCGAAUGGUUAAUGUAAGCUGCAAACCCAACUACCGAACGUACAAUGCGUUGUUGAAAGGGUUGCAAAAGGAAUGUAAGUUGCUGACAGAAAACAUUGUGGCAGAGCAUAAAACGGUGUACAGUUGCAGCUCAGAUAAGAGAGAUACCACUUUUGAAAUUUUAUAUAAUCUCUUGACUAGAUUGUCAGAGAUUGGAUGUGAACCUACUGCUGAUACCUACAGUAUUUUAGUGAGAGGCUUGUGUAGGGAAGGCAAAUCAUGGGAGGCAGAACAACUGAUCGAGAACAUGAAGGAGAGAGGCUUGUGUCCUAAUCAAGAUAUCUAUAACUCUAUAUUAGUUGCUCAUUGCAAGAACUUAGCAGUGGAUGAUGCUCUGAAUAUAUUCAAUUUGAUGGUAAUUAGAGGCUUUGAGCUCCAUUUAUCAAUCUACAAAGCACUUAUUUGUGCUCUCUGCAUGGCAAGUCGGUUGGGAGAAGCUCAAUCUUUGUUUGAGAGCAUGCUUGAGAAAGAAUGGAACAAUGACGAGAUUGUUUGGACAGUAUUGGUUGAUGGGUUAUUGAAGGAAGGGCAGUUAGAUCUAUGUAUGAAGCUUCUUCACGUUAUGAAAUCUAGAAAUUGCAUUCUCAACUCCCAUACAUAUGUAAUAUUGGCCAGAGAAUUGUCUAAAUUAGAUAAAUCCAUAGGAACACAUCAGAUUUCUGACAACUUGAGAGACUUAAGAGGCCUGCAUUGAGUUGUGGUUCCUUUUAUAAAUAUCAAAAUUGACAGAUUCAGUGUAGUCUCCAACAUGGUGGAAGUGUGUUUGUUAAAUGGGAUCCAGUCCUACAUUGCAACUGUGCCAUCAUACAGUUUGUAAGCAGACGUGAAAUUGAUCAAAACUCUGCUGGAAUAAUGGAAGAGAUAGAGAAAUGCAAAUAUUCUGCUCUUGAGAGGAAGGGAAUCUUGGAGGAAGAGGAGCGAUUUCAGAAAGCUGCUUAUACUGUCUUAGACAUGCUUAACAACAGAGAUUAAAAGCCGGCGUUGUUGAAAGAGUAUAUAGACAAAAAGAGAAAAAGUGGCCUUCCAGUGAGUCUACUGUGGCGUGAUCCAUCAUUCUUGUAGAUACACUAGAAGCUAUCAGCAGUCAGCAGUCUGUCCGAUGUUAUCUUUUGCAUGGUUUAGUUCACCCUUUGCAUCAAGUGCAGAACAGAUCUCAUGAUGCUUCCCCUAAAUUCUUGCUUUGAGCAAGAAAAUAUGUUACUUUUUAAUUUUCUAAGUUUUCUUUGGUUCACUUUGAUCUCGUAUAAAUGAAAUUACUGUGGCAUAUGAUGAUUAGAGUGCAAA